AUGGGAAACACCCAGGGCAAACCGGUGUCUUGCAACGAUGCUGUCAACCUCAAUCAUUUCCGACUCCUGCGAGUCGUUGGAAAAGGUGCAUUCGGAAAAGUCCGAAUUGUCGAGAGGAAGGACACAGGUCUUACGUUCGCAUUGAAAUACAUUCGUAAAGAGGAAGUGGUUCGCUCGGAAAGUGUACGAAACAUUAUUCGUGAACGGAGAAUGCUCGAACACCUGAACCAUCCAUUCCUGUGCAAUUUGCGUUACAGUUUUCAGGACAUGGAAUACAUCUAUAUUGUGGUUGAUUUAAUGAAUGGUGGCGAUCUCCGAUUCCAUAUCUCCCGAAAAUGCUUCACAGAGGAUGCGGUGAGGUUUUGGAUGGCUGAACUGGGCUGCGCUCUGAAGUAUAUCCAUUCGCAGGGCAUCAUCCACCGCGAUCUAAAACCAGACAAUGUGCUUUUAGAUUCUGAUGGACACGUUCACUUGGCUGACUUUAACGUGGCAUCGGAUUUCCGACCGGGAAAGCCCCUCACAAGCAAGUCAGGAACGCUAGCAUACCUUGCGCCGGAAGUCUAUGAAGGGACGGGUUACACCUUUGAGGUCGAUUGGUGGUCAUUAGGUGUGACUUUUUACGAGUGCAUCUACAAUAAGCGACCAUUCGAAGGUCGGAGUCAAGAGACCUUGAGUGAAAACAUUAAAAAAGCACAGCCAAAAUAUUAUGUUACCAAUCCCGCUGUUUCAGUACCUUGUUUGCGGGCACUGGGCGCAUUGAUGCAAAAAGAUCGCAGUCAACGCAUUGGUGCCAUCGGGUUCGAGACAUACACCUCACACAUGUUCUUCGCCGAUAUCGACUUUGAUGCACUCGAGCGCAAACAGAUCCCGCCAGUGUUCCGCCCCUCGAGCGAUAAAACAAACUUCGAUGCGACGUAUGAUCUGGAGGAGUUGCUCCUCGAAGAAGCACCCCUGGAAGCUAGAGCGCGCCGGCAAAAGCCACGUGCUGAGCUAAGGGAGGAUGCUACUGCGAAAGAAAUCCGGGAUGAUGAACUCCACCGUCUUAUUGAGACGAUGUUUGAGCCAUUUGAUUACACUUUGACUAGCUACCAAGGUAAUGCAGCGGACGCUAUUGCUGCCUCCACCAAUCCCGAGGAUUGUCUUCCUACCGCCACAAACACCGCAGGAAACACUACAACGCCAGCAAACCCAACUGUACACGCCCGUCAAUUCUCACAGCCCGAUCAUAGAAAUACACCAUCUCAAAUCGAUGGCAUAUACUAUCGUGCUCCGACGAGCGAAAACAUGACUACAGUGAGCGAAACACUCGAUCCUAAUGACCCUGCAAGCGGCCCAAUUUCACCUGCUCCCUCGAACCGCAUGUCAGGUUCACCACCACCUGCACCAUCGUUCCACCGACCGCUACCCCAUAAUCAACGCCACCGCGGUGCCACUCGCCAAAUGAGCAAAAGUGGUGGCGUCCAAAUGGUUCUGAACGAACAUGGUAGCUGGAGUGAACUGGCAAAUAGCGCUGCUAUCCCUGCAGAGGGAAUAGAGAGUGGUGACGACAAAAGCAAGCCGGCCAAUGGAAUGCUUUCGUUCUUCAGUCGAAAAAAGGGCCGUGACCGUAGCCCCAAGCCAACCGAGCCAGGUGUUCUGGGCAAAGAGGGAGCCAGGCAGAUCAUUAGCUGA